GAUUGAUCGAUUGAGGGGAGGCGCGACGGGCACGUAAAACGUAAAACAUGCGCAUUAAAUGCCGGAUAUAAAUUUAACUACGCGUUAAUGGAAAUAGCAAACAAUUACAACUACCUAAUCUAGUAUGUGUAUACAUCUACUCAUCCGCCAACUCCUCUACAACACCUACACUAACUUCGGUGGCGUAAGCACCAAAGGCCAACUUAGGGAAUGCCGAGAAGAGGAAAAAGAAGAGAAACCCGUGAGAGCCGGAGCAAUGGUGGUCAAUAUUCUCAGUCUGUCGGAUGAAAUUCUACUCGAGAUAAUUUCCUACCUACGACCAAUACCACCGCCAUUAAACGCUUCUAUAAAAACAGGCCUCCCAUUCUUUCUCUGGACUCGGAUAAUAGAGCAAGCUGACUGGAUCGCGUCCGAACGAUCUUUUACGCUCAAUGCCUUAGCAUCGACUUGCCGUCGGUUUUACAAUGUCACACUCGGAACCCUAUAUCGCCAUAUUCCUCUUUUUAGCCUCUCUACAUCCACUGAUUUAUUCUUAAAGUCCUUACAACAAUACAAUCAUUUGUCGACUUACAUAAGGUCUGUCAGUAUUUACGCGGCGGAAGACCCACACGUUUCAAGGGGGAUGUUGGAUGUGUUUUGGCUACCUAACAUCCACACGAUAUGCCUUCAUGGUUGGGAUCGCGACGACUUUUAUAAUCGGCAUUAUGAUUAUAAGGAUCGCUUAGGCACAUCCACGGUGCAGGUUCUGAGGCUUGUGGCAUGCACGCCCGACGAUGACGGUUUAAGCUAUGUCCUGAGAUAUCCGAAAGCUUUGAAGGAAUUUUGGUAUGAUUCGAGUACGUUCGGAAGUGUAAGCCAAGCAGUUACGAACCAAGCCGAUUCUCUGGAAAAGAUUGUUUAUACCACGAUUGAGUGCUCACCAGUCCAAAUCUGGGACGGCCUAAUCAAUUUCCCCGAGUGCACCAAGUUGAAAAGUUUAUCCAUCAGCCACAUAUUACUAUAUACCCAACUCGCGUAUAGUCCAAUAUCAGUAUGGGAGAAUUUCCCUAUGAGUUUAGAGGAGCUGGAGGUGCAUUACGAUGGCCCGGAAUUGAACGAUUUCGUGGUUCCCGGGGCUAGGGAAUCCCGGUGGUUAUUCGAACUGCUAGGGAUGAUAGCAAGGGAGAAGAAUGAAAAUCCUAAAGGAGAACUCGCACCCAAGCUAGAAAGAAUUAGGCUGGCGACAACGACACAGAGUCCGUUUGCACCUUAUAUCGAAGGAACUACGAGGGAAACUAUUCCCAAUUUUGACGAGAAAAGAGGUGUUGGUCAUCCAGAUUAUCAAUGGCGACCACCAGCUAAGCUGAUGCGAGAUUUCAUAAAAGCUGGCGUCAGCUUUAGCAUAUACAUAGAUCCAGAGGCGCGAUAUCGAUACAUCGUGGAAGGCGGUAAAGGGUUCAAGGAUGUGUGGGAGGACAAAUGGAGACCGAGUGCCGACCGUUUUCCAGAUUUAAGCCAAUUAGUAUGAAGGAACAAAUGAAUAAAUAAAUUAAUGAGUAAACCAAUUCAUCUCUCAACUUACAAACAUAAAAAAUAUCAUAAAAGGGAAAAUAUGUCUGUCGCUUUUGACAAUAUCAUUAACUUCCGUGAUGUCGGCAAAACCGUGAAUGAUUAUCUCGGCCGAAGGUAGGUAAAUUCCUGCUAUAACAUAUCGCAAUGUUUUACGAUCAUCGCUGAAUGAAGCUUCAACAUUGGCAUAGACUACUUCAAGAAAGCGUCUUAUACCGUUCUGCGCGACCAGGUAAGUAAAAAUACUUCAAACUUCUCUUACCAGAGCUAACCCCCAUCACAG